AUGCCUCCCUCGUGCUUCGGCUGUCUGUCACAGUACACCCAUCAUCACCUGGUGGUCUUUCUCCUCACCUUCUUUAGCUAUGUGUUGCUGCACGCAUCCAGGAAGACCUUCAGCAACGUGAAGGUCAGCAUCUCGGCCCAGUGGACGCCGUCGGCCCAGAACAACAGCAGCGCCCCCGCGUUCUCUCCCGGCGAGACAUGGGAGGACAAUCGUCUCUUCGCUGACGAAACGCAGGCCACGCUCUUCCUGGGAGCGCUGGACUCCAUCUUCCUCUUCUCGUACGCAGUGGGUCUGUAUCUGAGCGGCGUGAUCGGCGACAGGGUCAACCUGCGCUACGUUCUCUGCUUCGGCCUGUGCGGCUCCGCCGUGGUGGAAUUUCUCUUCGGCACGCUGACCGAAUGGCUCCACGUCUACAACGUCUACCUGUACUGCGGCCUGUGGGUGCUGAACGGCCUGCUGCAGUCGGCCGUCUGGCCCUGCGUCGUGGCCGUCAUGGGCAACUGGUUCGGCAAAGCGGGGCGCGGCUUCGUGUUUGGCCUGUGGAGCGCCUGUGCCUCUGUAGGCAACAUACUGGGCGCCUUCCUGGCCUCAAGCGUCCUCAAGUACGGAUAUGAGUAUGCCUUCCUGGUGACCUCUGUGGUGCAGUUCGCUGGCGGGGUGGUGGUGUUCUUCGGCCUCCUAACCUCGCCAAAAGAAGUCGGUUUGCACCUGGAGUCUGAAACCGGACUGAGCCCGGUCGAGACGGACACGGACAGCCACAGACCCCUGAUGAGUGACGAGGAGGAGGAGGAGGUGGAGGCGGAGGCGCCCAGCCGGCAACGCCGCCCUGUGCCGCCACCGGACGAGCUCGUGGACGAGCCUCCUCAAGCCAUCGGCUUCUUGCAGGCUUUCUGCCUGCCUGGAGUCCUGCUGUACUCCUUGGCUUACGCGUGCCUGAAGCUGGUCAACUACUCCUUCUUCUUCUGGCUCCCGUUCUACCUGAGCAACAACUACGGGUGGAAGGAGGCCGAGGCCGACCGGCUGUCCGUGUGGUACGAUGUCGGCGGGAUCGUCGGGGGAACCCUUCAAGGUCUCAUUUCUGACUUCAUGGGGAAGAGAGCUCCGGUGCUGGUUUUCAGCCUCGCAAUGGCCAUGGGCGCCCUGGUGGGAUACAGCCGCUCCCCGAACGACAAGGUCAUAAACGCAGCCAUCCUGGCCACCACCGGCUUCUUCAUCGGAGGCCCGUCCAACAUGAUCAGCUCGGCCAUCUCUGCGGACCUGGGCAGACAGGACGCCCUGAGGGGCAGCCAGGAGGCUCUGGCAACCGUCACCGGGAUAGUGGAUGGGACCGGGAGUAUAGGAGCGGCCGUGGGACAGUACCUGGUGUCGCUGAUCGAGAGCCGGCUGGGCUGGAUGAGCGUUUUCUACUUCUUCAUUGUCAUGACAGGGGGCAGCGUUGUCUUCAUCUCGCCCUUGCUGGUGAGAGAGCUUCGAGACAUGUGGAGAGUCAGGCAAGCUCUGCGGCACCAGCUCUGAGAGGAUCCGCCGGGUUCUGAUCGAGGGCGGCUCAGCGUUGGUUCGUUGGUUUCAGGAUGCAGAACGCUGUCCAUCACAGAAACACUACAGCUCAAAAUCUCCUGUAGACUUCAGUGGGCUUAAAGAGAGAUGUGGCUGGAGCCAUGCUGGUGUAUAUAUUUUAACUUUAUAAUCGGAUGUAAAUACUUCCUUUUUAUGCACUAAAGUUGAUAUUUGAGUCUUAAAUCAGGAAUUCAAAAAUGAGACCUGUGGAGAAGGUCAAAACGAAGAAUGUGAGUAGCGGUUUUAGCCUUGUGAUGUUGCACUCUUUACAUUUUACUUCUUAAUGAGUCUGAAAAGAUUUUAAUGAACCACUUUAAUCUUGA